UCCAGCUCUCUGUCACAUAUAAGCUGAAGACUUUGACAGCUUCUCACUUUGCUGUUUGACCAAUAAAGAAUAUUAUCAUCCAUCAAGCUUUGACUGCUUCUCUUCAGAAUGAGGGUCAUCAUACUAACACUUUGCCUUAUUGGGGCUGUAUAUGCCAAACCUAUUUCAUUUAAUGGCGUGGCAGAAUCUAGUGAAUCAAGUGAAUCAAGUGAAUCUUCUCAAACUGGAGGUUCAUAUGAUAUACAAUCCUAUCAACAUACCACCUCCCACCAGCAGAAUGGAGGUUCAUAUGAUCCACAAUCCUAUCAACAUUACCCUUAUCAGUACCAUCAGCAGAGCUCUGAAGAAAAUCGGCAACAUCAAGUGAGUUCUCAAACUGGAGCUUCCUAUGAUCCAGAAUCCUAUCAACAUUACCCCUACCAGUACACCCAGCAGUCUCAAACUGGAGGCUCAUAUGAUCAACAGUCUUAUCAGCAGUACUUGUACCAGUACUACCAGCAGGCUCAGAGUGGAGGCUACUAUGAUCCACGAUCCUAUCAGCAAUACAUCCAACAGUACCAACAGGUGAUUUACUCUACAUAUGACUUAAUUAUGAUUUACAAUAUUGAAGGAGCGGCACGCUUCAGAGUUGGGAUUCCUUCUUAUGCGAGUACUGACGACCAAGUCACAAGUCAAUCAGUGCAGCACGCAGCCGACAUCAGCGACACCACCAGCGAGGAAGGGGACACAGGCGACACAGCUGACACUGUUGACAAUGAUGAGAGCGCCAGUAGUGACAGCAACGAGGCCAGUGACAUAAGCCAUGCCAUCAACAGCCAAAGGGAGAGUGAUGUGACUGACAGCAGUCACAGCACAAGCGAUAAAACAAAUCAGAGGAUUGACAGCUCAAGUAGUGUAAGCACCAAGAGCAGUAGUGACAGCAAUGAAUCCGAUGAGAAUACCAGAAGUGACAAUAAUGGGUCAAGUCCAACCGAUUACAAAAGUUAUACCAUCAAGAGCCCAUUGGUAAAUAAAGUUAUUUACAGAAGUGGGCGCAAUGGUGGGGAAACUGGUCAGACCAUCAAGGGUAGUGCUGGCACCAGCAGUGAAAGCAGUGAGACCAGUAAGGCCAGCGACAACACUAGUAGUAAAAGCAAUGUAACAAGUGGUACUCAUGACAGUACAAAUCAUGAAAGCAAUAAAGCGGACAACAGCAGCGAGAGUGCCAGUGAUGAGAGCACAGAGUCUGGUCAGGUCAGUAACAGCCCCAGUAGUGAAACCCAUGAGUCAGUUAACGCCAGUGAAGUAAGCUAUGCCAUCAAGAGCUCACUCGUAAGUGAUGUGAUUGGCAGCAGUGAGAGCACCAGUGAAGAAACUAUUCAGACAAGCGUGUCCAGUGAUAUCACCAGUGACGACCGCAGUGCAAGUGUGACGAGUGACAUCAGUGAUACUAAUAAUGCCAGUGAUAGCAGUGAGUCCAAUGAGAGCACGAGUAGUGACAACAAUGGGUCAAGCCAAAGCAAUGGCAAAGGUUAUACCAUCAAGAGCCCAUUGGUGAACAAAGGUAUUUACAGAAGUGGGAGCAUCAGUGGGGAUCCUGUUAAGACUGGCAAUGGUAGUGAUGGAACCAGCAGUGAAAGCAGUGAGACCAGUAAGGCCAACAACAACACCAGCAGUGAAAGCAGUGAAACAAGUGGCCCUCGUGACAAUACAAGUCAAGAAAGCAACAAUGCAGACAACAGCAGCGAGAGUGGCAGUGACGAGAGCACUGAGUCCAGUCAGGCCAGUAACAGCCCCAGUAGUGAAACGCAUCAGACACUUAAGGUCAGUGAAGUUAGCUAUGCCCUCAAUAGCUCACUGGUAAGUGAUGUGCUUGACAGCAGUGAGAGCACCAGUGAAGAAACCAUUCAGACCAGUGUGACUAGUGACAUCAGUGAUAUUGGUAAGGGCAGUGACAGCAGCGAGUCCAAUGAGAGCACCAGUCGUGACAGCAAAGGGUCAAGUCAAACCGAUGACAAAAGUUCUACCAUCAAAGCACCAUUGGUUAAUAAAGUUAUUUACAAAAGUGGAAAUAAUGGUGAGGUAGCUGGUCAGACCAACAAGGGUACUGAUGGAACCAGUAGUGAAAGCAGUGAAACAAGUGACACUCGUGACAGCACAAGUCAUGAACGCAACGAGGCAGACAAGAGCAGUCAGAGUGCCAGUGAUGAGAGCAAAAAGUCCAGUAAGGCCAGUAACAGCCCCAGUAAUGAAAUCCAGGAGACAGUUAAGGUCAGUGAAUUAAGCUACGCCAUCAAGAGCUCACUGGUAAGUGAUGUUAUUGACAGCAGUGAUAUUACCACUGACGACAGCAGUGAAUCCAGUGACACUAGUACUCAUGAAAGCAGUGAAUCCAGUGACACUAGUACUCAUGAAAGCAGUGAAUCCAGUGACAUUACCAAAAGUAAAACCACUAAGGCCAGUGACAUCACCAGGCAUAAAAGCAGUGACUCCAGUGACACCACUAAGGACGAUGACUCCACUAGUCAUGAAAGCAAUGAAGCCAGUGGCCCUAUCAGUCAGGAAAGCACUGAAACCAGCAAGGCCAGCGACAGCACCAGCCAUGAGAGCAGUGAGGUGCACCAAAGCAAAGGCGCAGACUGUAAGGACGGGAAUGAGAGCUGUGAGAGCGAGGAGUAUUUCUUCCAGGACAUAGGCGACGACGCCCACUACUCAAUUGACCAUCUCAUGGUGUCAGAUGAAGACGGCAUGGAGUUGCGUCUGCGGAGAAGAUGA